AUGAAUCAGAAUGUUACAGACUUAGGUCGGAAACAGAGAACUACUCUAGGCUACUUUACAACUAAACAAAGAGAUACAGAUGACCUUACUGCUGAAAACAAUGAACUCAAAUUGCUGUUGCAAGCAUUGGAGCAACAGCUGCACUUGCAAGAACAAAUGAAUGAAGCUAUGAAGGAAGAGAUCAAGCAUCUGAAAGUGUUAACGGGUCAAGCAAUUCAAAAUGGUGGACCUAUGAUGAAUUUUCCUGCAUCUUAUGGAGCUAACCAGCAGCAUUAUCCGAACAACCAUGCUAUGAAUACAAUGUUGACUGCUCAACAAUUUCGACAGCUCCAAAUAAAUUAUCAGUUUCAGGAGCAUCAACUGCGCCAGUUUCAGCAGCAACGAUCCGCAUUGCUGCAACAAGCUUUGGACUUGAAACCCAGUAGCUCUGUGCCGGCUCCCAUUGAAAAAGAGAAUGCUACUUCAGACGCACCAUCAAAGGAUUAG